UAGAGGAAAAAGAAAGAGAGGGAGGAGGCUAUAGUGCAGCAGUGAUAGCGAUCACACUGCCUUUUAAAAAAAAAUGCUCUUCUGUGUAUAUGUGGUCGAGCCAUGAAUUGGAGGAAGUGAGAGAGAGAGAGAGAGAGAGGCAGGGAGGGCGAGAACGAAAGAGCGUACGAGAGCUAAUGUAAAACAGGAUUAAGAACACAAGAUGGCUUCCUGAAUGGACAGAGACCAGAAGAGAGAGGGAGAAGAAAAGAAAGAUAAAGAAAGACAGACAGAAAGAGAACGAGAGAGAGGUGGGGGGACGCAGAGAGAAUGCUCCGGGUCUUCUGAUGGGGGAUACCUCUCGACACCGAAGAGCAACACGCAAAGGCAGCGAGGCUGAGUAGGUGGAAUAUAUUGAAGACGUAAAAACCCAGUCCAUAAUCCCAAACCUGGCGAAAGAGACUGUUUCUGUGGUGGGUUCAGUGGAUGGCCCCAGAGGAAGAGGCCAGAUGGAAAUUGGGUCCCAUGACCGCCUGGAAGAAGGCAUGUUAAACCAUGAACUGCCUAACGGGCUUAGCAAACAUGCAGGAAAUGAAGAAAAUAUUUGUGAUGAAGAAGUCAGAGGCAUGGCCAAGGAGCAACACCAGCACAACUACCAUGAGGGGGCUGGAUGUAUUCCCCAGGCACCGGGCUGGGUCCCUGAGCAAGCUGGAAAGUCUUCAAGUCCUGAAAGUCAACAGGGUGCGUGGAGUGGCCAAAAUGCCAGCACUCCAGUGAAUGAUGUGGAUAUGGAGGAUGCACGAACCCUGGUGGCCUUUUCUGCUACUGUUGGCUCACUGCCACCUUACACCAACCAUCAAACUUCUCAGACUCCUACAGCUCAGUUGUAUGAAAGGUUCCAUCAGGAAAUGUCUAAUGGAGGUGAGGAGACCAAAAAGAAAGUUGUGGAUGGUGAGUUGUGCCCCCCUGAAGAUCUAAACACUCUUCAGGCAGCACUGAACAAGGCACGUCAUGGCCACAAGCCACCUAACUGUGAUUGUGAUGGCCCAGACUGCCCUGACUACCUGGAGUGGCUGGAGAAGCAAAUCAAAAUGGUGGCUAACUCCCAGGAUAAAGGUUCCUGUAAGACCACUGGUGCUCCUCCACAGCCACAUGCACCACAUCGCUAUUCUCAACCCCAACCACAACAAUGUGGAGGUAACCUCUUGUGUAUGCAAGACACAAAUCCACAGCCCCUUGUUAACCAGCCUUCUGCUCCUAGACCCUUUGGCCCACCAGCACCCAUUCCCUGCUCCCCUAGUGUUCUGUCCAUAGCCAAGGAAAGAAAUGUUAGUUUGCAAACAGCCAUUGCAAUUGAGGCUCUGACCCAGUUGUCUGCCACUGUCCCACAAACUGUUGUUCCUCCAAGCGAAUCUUCUUCUGCAAAUCACCAUCAGCAUCUGCCAACCUCCUACCCCCAGAGUAUGCCACAAGUGGUCUCUUCAUCAUCUGGUCCUUUUUUUUCCUCCGCUGCUAUGUCACAGUCCAUCCCUUCAGGACGUUACCCCCAGGAGGUAUCAUCUUGGGAGCAGCAGAGACCUCAGUCUCAGGGUGAGGCCCCUGCACCUAACCCAUCUCACUAUGCUUCCCCAUACCCAUCCUCAAAGUCCCCAUUUUCAAGCAUACAUUCAUCCUCCCCCAAUCCACGACCCCAGCAGUGGAACCAGGGCACAGCUGGAAGCUGCGAGAGAAGCUCCCCUCGGAACCCAUGGAUGAUGGAGAACACAGAGUCCCAGCUUCGUUUUGUAAACACAUCCCAAGGCAGCAGUGACCCAGUGUCCGAGCUAAAGCAACUCCUUGGAGACACCGGUGGAAAGUACUCCAACUCAGCCUUCAAGUUCCCACUCCUUCACCCCAGCUUGCAGGAUGGUCGCAAGGGCAGCCUUGCUGGGAUGCCUCACAUCAAGCAGGAGGCAGACACAAAGGAGUACCUGGGCUCAGGAUGUGCAGUCAUGGGACAGGAGGGGAUGGUAAAUGGCCAGCAGCCGUUCCAGGGUCAGCAGUUUUCACCCACCAUUAGGCACUCAACUCAGGCAGCACUACAGCAGCACCUUCAUCAUAAACGUAACCUCUUCUCUAAUUCUCCUGCCUUUAGUUCGUUAGCCCCCAUGGCUUGUCAGAACCUUCGUAAAUGGUGGCCACAGUCUAUUCCAGAGAGUCCUGUAACCAUCAAACAGGAGCACAAAGAACCCAAAAAGAAAAAGGGUGCUCAAAGUUCUCCUCUUCUUAAGCAGUCAGUGGGUGGGCUAUUUGGUCCACUAGGCACACCUCUUCCAAAACCCAAACAGAUUGUUAUCAAGAAGCAUAAACAGAAAGCUUCCCAGCCAACUUUUCUCCCACAGAAACAGAUUACAGUAUCGAAACCUCCCUUCAUCUCCCCAGGAUAUGCACCAUCCCUCUCUCAGCUUGUUCCAUCUCUACCAGGCAUGGAAGCUGGGCUUCCCCCCUCUCAGGUGGCUGAGAGCCACCCAGCUCCAGCUCAAUCUCAGGAAUCCAUUUUGAAUAGCAGUAGUGCACACAUCUCUGAAAACACUCAUUUUUCUUCUACCCCUGUGUCAGUUCUAGCACCAUCCACCCAGAAGGUGAUAGCUUGCUCAGGCCCAGCUGGGUCAAAUGACAGCAUCUCAACAACCAGUAUCACGCCUCAAACCUCUACAACACAGCCAAUUUCUUCUCUGGCUGGCCUCAGUAACCUAGAUCCAAAAUUUGAGGAACUUAUUCGCCAGUUUGAGGAGGAGUUUGGGGACACCAUUUCCUCAACUUCUGCAGCAGAGACCCCAGAGAAUGGCCCUGCUCCGCCAGUGGUGACCGAGUCACAACCAAACUCAGGACAAACCAGACCCGAGUCACCAUCCCCAAAGCAGCCUGUUAAUUGCCCUCCUGUUCCCACAAAUGAGUCUGAGCCCAUGGAUGAAGGUCAAAAGGACAUGAAAGAAAAAACAUCAUUGCCAUCUGAGCUCUAUACUGUCAAACAGGAAAGUGAGGAAUGUGAGGUGGAUGUGAAACCCUCUGGGCAGCUCCUGUCUGUAGCUCAGGAUGCAUUUCUGGAUCGACAGCACCCCUUCAUCACACCUUUCUCCCCUCCAACUAAACGUAUAAAGAUUGAGUCAUCUGGUGGCGUGACUGUGCUUUCCACAACUGCAUGUUUCUCUGCUGCAGACGGAGAGGGGGAUGAUUUGAAUACUCCCACCAAGGAUAGCUUUCCCUCCUCCCCUUCACUUAAAGGUUUUCUUGAGUCACCAUUGCGCUACCUGGACACUCCCACCAAGAGCCUACUGGACACACCUGGGAAAAAUUCCCAACCUGAUUUUCCCACAUGUGACUGCGUAGACCAAAUCCUAGAAAAGGACGAGGGCCCAUACUACAACCAUUUGGGGUCUGGGCCAGACAUGCCUUCAGUCAGAAAACUAAUGGAAGAUCGGUAUGGGGAGAAGGGUGAAGCCGUUCGUCUUGAGAGGGUGAUUUACACAGGACGAGAAGGAAAGAGCUCUCAGGGAUGUCCUAUCGCUAAGUGGGUGAUUCGUCGCAGCAGCGAGAAGGAGAAAUUGUUAUGCAUUGUGAAGCAACGGCCUGGGCACCACUGUGCCAAUUCUGUUAUUGUUGUUGUUAUCUUGGCCUGGGAAGGUGUGCCCCGUGCUCUAGGAGAUAAACUGUACAAAGAACUCACAGAAACCAUCAUUAAAUACGGCAACCCCACCAGCCGCCGUUGUGGACUCAAUGAUGAUCGAACAUGUGCGUGCCAAGGAAAGGACUCGGAGACCUGUGGAGCUUCCUUCUCUUUUGGCUGCUCCUGGAGCAUGUACUUCAAUGGAUGCAAGUAUGCUCGAAGCAAAACCCCUCGCAAGUUCAGACUGCAGGGAGACCACCCCAAAGAGGAGGAUGAUCUCAGGGAUAACUUCCAAAACUUGGCCACGCAUGUGGCCCCUCUAUAUCAGCGGCUGGCUCCCCAGGCCUACAGUAACCAGUGUGUAAAUGAGAACAUUGCUUCAGACUGUCGGUUGGGUUUGAAGGAAGGUCGGCCAUUUUCGGGAGUCACUGCAUGCAUGGAUUUCUGUGCCCAUGCUCACAAAGACCAGCAUAACCUUCACAAUGGCUGCACUGUGGUGUGCACUCUUACGAGAGAGGACAAUCGCACAGUGGGCACCAUUCCAGAAGAUGAGCAGCUGCAUGUGCUUCCACUCUACAAGAUGUCUACAACUGAUGAAUUUGGUAGUGAGGAGAACCAGCGUCUCAAAAUGCAAACAGGAGCCAUCCAGGUGCUCUCUAACUUUCGUCGAGAGGUUCGAAAACUUCCGGAACCUGCUAAAUCCUGCCGGCAGCGUCGGUUGGAGGCAAAAAAGGCAGCAUCAGAGAAGAAGAACAGAAAAUUGCAGCUUGCAGAAACCCCAGAGAAGACUGUCAAGAUGGAGAUGCACCACAUGGAGUCACCCAACCCUCAGCAAGGCAAUAAAGCUAUUCCAAAACAAGAGGUGAAACCAACCAUCAAAAAAGAGCCUGUCGACCGCUUCCAGCCCUUCAAUGGAGCCAUACAUGGCUACCCAGCACUAAGGAACGGCAAGACAACCCCUGAUCCCCACAACAUAAGCAGUUCAUUUCCCUACCCUGGUAACUAUGCAAGAGGUCACAUCCCUACCAACAGCCAACCUCCUGCACAGAGCCCCAUCAAUGGCUUUCACCCUAACCUCCAAGAUAUACGCUACCGAUAUUACAACUACCCUCCUAGUGCACUUUUUCCUCCUGAGCUCUUGGGAUAUGAUAACGGAGCCUGGCCCAAAGCUGGAGAACCCUCUGCCACAUCAUUUGACCAAAAGCCAGAUGUUCGGUGUCUCCAAGCCACGUUGGCACAGGCCUAUCACAGCCGUCCUGGGCAGUCACAGCAACAAAUGGCUGACGCAUCUAUUCAAGGCUACCCACACCCUUCUGAGAUUUCGCAGUCUCCUGUUCCACCUAGUCGUACUCCAUCGGCGUCACUUGAUCAGAACCACCGCUCAACACCAAUCAUCAAGCAGGAGCCCAUGGAUGUGCCACUAUAUGAUGGCAGAUCAGAUGGGAAAGCUCAGAGCUGCCCUAGCACUCCCAGUACCACGCCAAAACCUGAAGGCUGGCCUGAGCACAAACCAAAUGGCAGCAUAGUCUCUAAAGGCUGGGAUGGAAACAUCAGAACAUUCACUCCAGAUAAGCAGAGGCUCCACCAGCAACACCCACACAAACAUGAACAUCUUCAGUAUCCACAGCAGCAACAGUGGAAUCCCUGCCAUAACACUCUAAUGUCAUCCCCGGCCCAAUCUCCAUCCCCAUCACCUGCUCCCUCUCCACACCCUUCCACCCCAAGACAGUGGGGUAGCCCUGCCCCUAGUCCACAGCCUAAAGCAUGGGGUCCUUACGGUCCCAUGGGCUACGGCACUGGUGGGAUCAGGCAAGGCAACCCUGCUGGUGCUUUCCCAGAUAAAAUACUUUCCCAAGCAGGCGAGAAUUGUGGCUCUGCACCUCUGGGACUCCAGGAGAAAGCCUGGAAAUCUGGUGGGGGAUCAGCAGCAAGCAGCACACCAUCUCCAGCUCCCGAGGGACGCUUGUUUCCUGACUCACUGCAAAGGUCGAAUGGUCAGGCGUGUUGGGACAGUGAGGCAGAGACCCAGAGUGAACGCGACCCUGAAGAAGAUGAGGUGUGGUCGGACAGUGAACACAACUUCAUGGAUCCCAAUAUUGGAGGAGUUGCAGUUGCCCCCGCUCAUGGCUCUAUCUUGAUUGAGUGUGCCCGUCGGGAGCUCCAUGCCACCACGCCACUCAAAAAGCCUGACCGAUCUCACCCGAGCCGCAUAUCCCUGGUAUUCUACCAGCACAAGAACCUGAACCAGCCCUGCCACGGUCUGGCUUUGUGGGAAUCCAAGAUGAAACUCCUGGCCGAGCGAGCACGCCAGCGGCAACAAGAAGCAGCUCUUUUGGGUCUCUCGCAGGAAGAAAUUAAGGCCUACGGGAAAAAGCGCAAGUGGUCGGCUGGAUCGGCGAGCCCAUCCCCUGGACAAACCAAGGACAAACGAGAGGGUGUGAUGACACGAAUGGCGCCCACACAGCAUACCACCACCGUAGUCACAGUUUCACCUCACCCGUCCACACACCUCACUGGUCCUUACAGCCGAUUCGUGUGAACUCUUGUAAACUGUUGCCCCCUAGAGCCAGAGAUGGGAAUAGAAAUGAAAAGGAUCAUGAAUCUUACACCUUUACCAUUUGCUUUCCCCUCUUCUAGCUCUAACACCUCUCAGGCCACCACAAGGGAGGGAUAUUAGAAGGGGCACUUUUUUCACUUUUUUUUUUUUCUUUUACCUCAAAUUUUGGCAGCAGUUUGGGAACUCCCCAAACGGACACGCUGUCUAUGGUGCUCUUGCUCUCUCCAACGUGGGAGGGAUUUCCAUAGCUACCCCUCCUUAAGUGAAUUUGAUCCUAAUUAUUAUUGCUCUAUUAUCAAUAUUAUUACAAUUGCUAUUGUUACUGUCAACGUUGAUAUUACAGGUAUUGUUAUUAUAUUAUGAAGAUGACUAUUUUUUAUGUUAAUGUUAAUGUUUUUUUUUUUUUCAUAAUUUCUAUUCAUAUGAUUUCCCCCCCUCCCCCAGACUAAGAGGGACUUCCUUUCUUCAUUCAGCAUUUUUUGUCGCGCUUUUCACCUCUCCCAACCCCACCGAUCUCUAUAUUAAUGAAGCGCCUUCACAUCAUUGCAAGUCAUGUUUAUGUGACUGCAUUAAGGAUCUGCUCUAUAUUGCGCUAGUCACUGAACUCUUGCACAAGAAAGAGAGGACCAGACACCAGCUUGGGCCUUUCUGUCUAAUGAAAUCUGUGAAGUCUCUCAUCCCUUCAAAUGGUGCUUCGUAAGUGUCUCUAAUUUUGCCCUCACAAUAUCGAGGCAGGUGCUGGACCUGGGUGCUCUUUAGCGGCAGAUGUCAGUCAUGUUCAGUGACGGGGACCUCCCAGUCCUGGUAAUUGGUUCAACCUUAAAUCAUGUCAUCUGAUUGGUGCUGACUCAUUUGCCUGCAGUUUCACUGGCCAUCCUUCACUACCCAUGUGACAUUUUUAGACUAAGUUCUCUAAGGUGCUGUUAGUGCUAGCAAAAAUCCACCUCCAUAAAAACCGCCCUUAUGAGCUGCAGAUAACCCAGAGUAUUUAAAAAACAAAGUAGAUUUUAAACAAUAGUGGAUCUGGUUGGUUCAGUCAGCAGACUGUCCAAAAAAAGAUCUACACAGGGUUAAAGCUAAAGGUGGACUUGCCUAACAGGUUCCCAAUAUUUGGUUUUAUGCAUGGGAUUCCCAAUACAACUGGCCCUGUGUCUUCCAUGUCCAGAUUUAUCUGUAGUUACCCAUUUGUGAUAGGCAGAGCACAUUUCUUAGAGUUGGUGCUACUAUGCUCCUGUAAAGAUGCCCCCUCUCGUUGUAAGCAGCCCUCUUCUCUCUAUUUAACCUGAGAGAUCACCUACACCUGGAAUUGAUGGUGCUGAAUGUCAAUGCAUAGUUUCAGCUCAGAUGUGUGUGUGUGUGUGUGUGUGUGUGUGUGCGUGUAUGGAUUCCUAAACAUGCACGCUGGUUAGAAUGUAUGUGUGCCAGUGUGAAUGCCUGUCUGUGAGCUUCAUAUAGGGAGCAAUGCAGGGCUGCCGCUGGUUUACACAGGGCUUUAAGAUGCUUGACACUCACAGAGGAGAAAUCCUGGUGCUCAUUAAGUGGUCCUAAUGCUCUUUACCUCAUGUUGUACAGACACUGGUCCCAGUCACAACAUGCUAUACACACACGGGCGCUACAGACUGCAGGCUUGCUGCCUACAUCCACAUUCGUACCUACUUUUUUAUUAUUAUUAUUAUUUAUUAUAUGAUAAUGAUGAUGAUUAUUGUUAUUGUGAUUGCUGUCAUUUUAUUUUUUGGGUUUGUUCAUUUUAGAGAAAUUGUAAAUAUUGAAGAGAGGAUUUUAUAUAAGCACUUUUAAUCUUGAUUUUAAUGAGAAAAAAAAAAUAAGAACGGAUUAUUGACAACUUGAAACCUAGUUUUUGUUUUAAAGGAAUUUUAUUGGGAGAGAUAGAAAUGUAAAUAGUUGAAUAUUUAGGUAAGAUUAUUUAACUGGUGAGGGAUGAUGGCCUAAUCAUGAAUGAUUCCUGAAUUUUUAGUCUUCAGUUGUCUGUGUGUCAAGCCGUCAACAACAGACCACAAAGCGGGAUGCUUUGUCAGUGUACUCAAGAUACUGCUGUCCUUCCUUUCGUGAGUACUGUACUUACACCAAUACCUCUGUACUAGCAUUGUCACCGGCUUCCUUCCCCUGCAUCUGAUCCACUUCUAUAAACCGUAAAGUAAUGGAGAACAAAGAAACAAAUGUGAGCAUGUUGACUAAUACAGUUUCGCAAGGGUUCAGGACUCGGAAGUGCAUCUCUUUUACAUGAAAAUUGCCCAUAGAACCGAAAAUAAUCAGGUUUAAACUCGCAGCUUUCAGUUCAAAUCUCCAGGUAGAUCAUGUAAUGCUGAAUUGUGUUGAAUUAAAUAUUGUGUGGGGUUUUACAGAACUCUGAGUCUGCACUGACAUUGUAUUCUCUAGAUUGUCAUUGUCCUCUGAGACGUGAGACUUACCCCUGAAUUUGAGGAAAAAGCUGAGUUUCAAGACAGCUCGGUGCGAUUUCAUUCACCCUAAAUGUCUUUUGAACCAUGGUGCUACCCUCUAGAGUUUAUUGUGGAAAUGACUCUUGGCAAACACUGUUGCUAAAGUACUUGGGCUCUUAAAUUGAUGUGAACUCGUUUUGAGAGUAUUUGAGAUGAAAACCUAUAUGGUGCUGAUCAUUUUAAAAUAUUUUUACAUAGUUAUUUCUGAAACACUUCUGAUGGUCACAGUUUUUUUUUUUUUUUAUAACUAAACAAAUAAAAAAAGCACUCCAAAUGAUCCAUUUCCCCUUUUUAGCAAUCACCCUAAAUAAUUGAAAUGGUACUUGAAGAGCAUGAUGGCAGGUAGAGGAAUAGGUACUCAUGCUUUUGAUGUGAAUAGACUGUUAAUUUAAUAUUCUGGUGCUACCUAAACUGCCCAGAAAUGUUUUCACCCAUUCUGAAAUUUUUAUACAUUUUGUCAUUAAAUUGAAUAUUCUCACUUUUUCUUUACUCACAUUUGGCCACAUUGUCACACGAAUACACACAAACACAACACUCUCACGUACACACACACUACCCUGCCCCCUUUAUCAGCACUCAAUGUUAUGAGUAUAAAUCAUGCCCAGUUUUAAACAUCAAAAGGACAAAAUGUCUAAAAAGGAAAAAAAAAGAAAGAAAAAAAAACUGGCAGCUACAUUCCUUUAUGAGUUAAAGAUUGUUCUUAGUUCUAUUUUUCAUGUUGAGUAUGCAGUAUGUAAAAAGUGUUAUCUUUUGUUUGGUCUCUCUCCUUGUAGCUGUAUGGUGUAUUAUGUGAAUACAUAGUGUAUGUGGUAAGAUCCACGAUACUGUUUUAUGUUCUAAACUAAGAAAAAUAAUUAAAAAAAAUUAAGAACUUGCGUGA